AUGUCAAGACAGGCACAAUAUUUGGCUGACACGUCCUUGACCAUCCGCAAUGCAUACUUUUCGCCUAUGUCCAAAAUCCCAGGGCCAUGGUACGCACGACUGACGGGAGCGAGACUGGCGUGGUCGGUUUUCCGCAGCAAUCGCAUUCACUACGUCCAUUCACUGCACCAGAAAUACGGACCAGUCGUACUUAUCGGGCCUUGCGAAAUUGAUGUCUCAGACCCGUACGCCGCGAGAGAUAUCCACCGCAUGGGAUCUAAGUUCACAAAAGCUCCAUUCUACGCACUUCUGUCUCCUGGUCCGGUGGACAAUAUCUUCAACUUUCGUGAUGCUAAGCUGCACAUGCAACGGCGCAAGCUCUACGCACGUGGCUUCACUCUGGGAAGCCUGCGCAAAGAGUGGGAGCCGACUGUGCGCAGAAUCGUACAAAUUGCUGUCAACAAGAUCAAGCAAGACGCUCGUACAAACACAGCCGAAGUCAUGGGCUGGUGGACUCUCAUGGCCAACGAGAUAGUCUGUCGCUUGACGUUUGGAGGUGGCCACGACACCGUCGAAGUCGGUGUAAAGGAUCCCUUCGUGCUUAUGCUGGAGCGGCGUAUGGGCGACGCAGCGCAUCUUCUCAAGCACCUCGCGCCGCCACUUUUCUACAUUGGUCGUCUGCUCGCAAAGGUCAUCCCACGUCUCCACGAUGUAUUCUAUUCCCAAGAGAAGAUGUUUGCAGCUGGUGGUGAUGUGGUGAUCAACGCCCGGUCCAAGAAGGCGAAUGGCGAAACCACUAAUCUUUUCGUCAAAGCUCUCGCGGAAGCAGAGCAAAGCGAGGAGAAGCUGGCCACUCUUUCAGAUACCGACAUCAUCACCGAUGCAGGGGCGCUCCUGUUAGCAGGAUCGGACCCAGCCGCCAUAUCUUUAACUUUCAUGUUGUACUGCGUCCUGAGCCGGCCGAAACUGCAGAAGGAACUCGAGGAGGCAUGUAGCGCCAUCGAGGGAGAAGUGACGGACGAAGCAUGCGAGCGGAUUCCCCUCCUCAAUGCUGUCAUUGAUGAGAGUUUGCGAUUAUACGGUGCAGCGCCUGGGUGCAUGCCCAGAAGUGUGCCCUCUGAAGGUGCAGUGCUCGCCGGGCACUACAUUCCACCUCAAGCCAUUGUGAACACGCAGAAUUGGACUCUGCACCGCGACCCAAGCAUAUGGCCGAACCCCGAAGAAUUCGAUCAUACACGCUGGCUACGGGGCCUCUCGCAAGCACAAAGUCUUGCAUUCAGCCCGUUUGGCCAUGGCUCCCGCCAAUGCCUCGGACUGUACCUGGGCAGGAUGGAGAUGCGCUUGGCCACGGCCAUGUUCUUCCGAGACUGUGCAGGUGCAAAGUUGGCGGCUUCGGCGACUGCUGAGAGCAUGGAGGUCUACGACAGCUUCAUCGCGGGCCUGCCACGAGAUCGUCGGUUGGAAAUCACCAUGAAGUGAAUGCAUUGGG